AUGACUGACUACAACAAGUGGCCCAAGGAAGAGCUCAUAAGGAGGGUGAAAGAGCUCGAGUCCCAGCUGGCCUCCCAACCCACCACCAAUGAUGCCCUCCCAGAAUCCACAGCACCACCCACAGGCCUCCUCGCCCAAGAGGAUGGCGGCGACCCAGACCAGCCCGCCAAGAAGAAGGCGAAAAAGUCCUCCAAACCCUUGGACCCUUCCAAGUACACGACGCGCUUCAUAGCGCUCAAGCUCGCGUACAUUGGCAAGAACUACAACGGCUUCGAGUACCAGUCGUCAGGCAGCCUGUCGACGAUCGAGGAGGAGUUGUGGAAGGCCCUCGUGCGGGCAUGCCUUGUGUUCCCUGCCCCAGACAGGCCACACGAGGUCGACUGGAACGUGUGCGAGUACUCCAAGUGCGGGCGGACGGACCGCGGGGUGAGCGCUUUUGGGCAGGUGGUUGCGCUGCGGGUGAGGAGCAACAAGCCUGCGAGGAGGAGGAGGACUGAGGAGGACAAGAAGCAGAAGGCCGUCGUGGAGGGCCAGCAGGCCGGUGGUGUGUCUACGACGACGGGAGGUGAGGGUGGUGACGGUGACAACAAGGAUGUCACGAUGACCGAGGCCUCGCCACAACAGGAAGCACAGGAGGCGGAGCAGGAGGAAGCAGAAGAGGAAGACGACACACCGUUCCCCGUGGAGCAAGAGAUUCAGUACUGUAAGGUGCUCAACCGCAUCCUGCCCCCUGACAUCAAAGUCUACGCCUGGUGUCCGAACCCGCCGCCCGAGUUCUCGGCACGCUUCAGCUGUCGCGAGAGGCAGUACCGCUAUUUCUUCACACAGCCGGCCUUCUCACCACUCCCCAACUUUCUCGAGAAAGCUCGGGCUACAGAAAACGGCCGCGCCCCAUCAUCAUCAUCCUCAUCGUCCUCCUCCUCCUCCAAACCCAAAGACGGCUGGCUCGACAUCGACGCGAUGCGCCAGGCAGCAAAAAUGUUCCAAGGCCUCCAUGACUUCCGCAACUUCUGCAAGGUCGACCCGUCCAAGCAAAUCACCAACUUUGUCCGCCGCAUCUACGAGGCCGACAUCGUCGAGGUGGACGGCGUCGACACGUCCCUCCCUUACCUCACAGGCCCCCAGUUCCGCAACCCUUCUUCCUCCUCCUCCUCGUCCUUCUCCUCCUCCUCGUCCUUCUCCUCCUCCUCGUCCUUCUCCUCCUCCUCGUCCUUCUCCUCCUCCUCGUCCUCGCAAGGCGAAGACGGCCUCGUCGCCCCCACCAACCGCUACCCAAAGGUCUACUACUUCCACGUCCGCGGCUCCGCCUUCCUGUGGCACCAGAUCCGCUGCAUGGUCGCAGUCCUCUUCCUCGUCGGGCAGGGCCUCGAACCGCCCGCCACCGUCGCCGAGCUCCUCGACGUCGGCCGCAACCCAAGGCGGCCCAACUACGUGCUGGCCGACGAUGCGCCGCUGGUGCUGUGGGACUGCGUGUUUGGGCGCGACGGCACAGCGGCCGCGGCACAUAGCCCUGCGACGACCGAAGGGUCCAUAUUACCACCACCAUCACCAGCAGGAAGUGGAGACGACCUGGAUUGGCUGUCCGUCGGCGGCGAGGGCGAUAGCCCGCUCAACCUGCACGGCACCUCUGGGCUGGCCAGCGAUCUGUGGUCCUACUGGCGGGAGCGCAAGAUGGACGAGAUCCUCGCCAACCGGCUGGUGGAUCUGGUCUCGCAAAAGACGGACAUGGACCGCGUGCCCGAGGGAGAGGUUGUGAAGAAGGGCUCGGUGGAGGCUAGGUUUCUGAAUGCGAGGAGCACGCGGGUCUACGAAGGGGGGAAUGGCCCGCGGUUCGUGGGGGCCUAUGUGCCGGUCCUCAAGAAGGACCUGAUUGCGAGCCCUGAGGAGCUGAAUGAUCGGUGGGCGCAGAGGAAAGGGUUCAAGGAUGCGGAGGAGAUGAGGGCGAGGGGGAACUGGAGGGAGGUGAUCAAGGCAGAGAAGAGCAGCAAGAUGGAGACUGGAGGGGGAGAUGACUAG